AUUUAGCUUUGAUUAUCAUCAUCAUCAAUUCAUAACGGAAACAUUAUCAACUCAACUCAACAUGUCCGAAUUGAAUGAACAACGUUUUGAGAUUCAUUCUAACUUGUCAAUGUACAUUUCUGACCAAGCUUAUACCUUGGUACCUGCAUCCAAUUCAAAUCAACCGUCUUUGGUGAUCUCGCGUCCAACUAAUGAAGUCAGUCUUGGCCCUGUUGGCCCUCCUGCAAGAGCCGAUCGAAGCGUCAAUUCUAUCGCUGGUUUCCUAGGCAUAAUCUCUCUUAUCAAGUCGGACUACCUCGUCCUCGUCAAAUCUGCUCGUAAAGUGACUACUCUCUUCAAGACAGCCGUAUACACUCCUACAGCCUUUGCCGUCUACCCGAUCUCUGUCGAAACCAAUGCCAAUCUAUUAGAAAAUUCGGACGAGAGAUACCUUCUAUCAGUCCUCAAAGCUCAUCUCGAUAAUGCCGUUGGCAAGAUGUUCUUUACCUACAACAACAAACUCGAUCCACAGGACCCACCUCCCUGGGAUAUCACCAACUCAUUACAACGACAAACAUCAGCUCAGAAGUCACCUGAGACAUCUGAGAUGCCACUUUGGAAGAAGGCUGAUGAACGAUUCUUUUGGAAUCGGCAUCUCCAGACCCGACUUAUCAAUCUGGCCAGCAAGCCAGAAGGACAACCGUAUCAUCGAUACAUCCUUCCAGUAAUUUUUGGCUUCUUUGAAUUCAAGCUAGCCACCAUCAAUGGGCAGAAGUUUACAUUCGGGAUUAUCUCUAGAAGAUCCAGACACCGGGCGGGAACUCGUUAUUUCAGUCGAGGGAUUAACCUCGACGGAGAGGUUUCUAAUUUCAACGAGUCGGAAAUGAUAUUUGCUACCACCCCAUCCUCCGUUAAGCCAAACAAAGCUAUGAUCAAAGCUAGCUAUGUACAGACCAGAGGCAGUGUCCCGGUCUUUUGGACCGAGAUCAACAAUCUACGAUACAGGCCCGAUUUGAAAGUCAUGGAAAUUCCUCAAACAGUGGAAAUAUACGGAGACCAGUACAUUGUCAACUUGGUCAACUCCUCAGGAUACGAGAAAGCGGUAAAAGAAGCUUAUGAAAGAGGUGUACAUGCCCUUGGGAAUCCGAAAGUGCAGCUCUUGAUCGAUCGGCUACAAGAUGAACUGGUUCAACAAGGUUAUUAUUAUUUAGAUGAAUCGUCCUCUCCUUUACCUCUCAAAGAGCAAACGUCGGUCGUACGCUCCAACUGUAUGGAUUGUCUUGAUCGAACAGGCGUUGUGCAAUCUGCGCUGGCUAAAUGGGUACUGACUGCGCAGUUAAAACAGGCUGGUAUCCUCAACCAACGCGAAGUUUUGGAUUCUCAUCCUGAGUUCAUGUCUCUGUUCCGUCAUUUGUGGGCGGACAACGCGGAUGCUGUCUCAAAUGCCUAUUCUGGUACAGGCGCGUUGAAAACAGACUACACUCGCUACGGAGUCAGAUCAAAACAAGGCGCGCUCAAUGAUGGAAUAAAUAGUGUCAUGCGAUACAUCAAAAACAAUUUUCUAGACGGUCCAAGGCAAGACUCAUACGACCUGUUUACUGGAGCCUGGUCGCCUUUGACCAACACGAGCGGAAGUCUUCGGAAGAGUAAUUCAGGUGUCGCCAAAAAAGUACUGGGAGAAGGUUACAACACAUUUCAGCAAACAGUCUUCUUUGCAUUCAUCUUAUCACUUCUAGUAUUCUUGUCUGCAACCUUCACUGAGAAUCGCUCAUUCAAAAUCUCGCUGAUGUCAAUAAUCGUUGGAGGAGGCUGUUCCGCUUUCAUUUUAGCUAAUGGGGUUGCAUAUGUCAACGGGCCUAAGUUGAUUUCACGAAAGGACAUUAUAGCUUAUAGCGGUCCGGGGCAUGAAAGUUCUCGAAGAGGACGUGGUUGGGGACUCGUGCACGAGAGUGGUUUGGGUAAGGACGACGUAGAGGGAAAGAAAAGAUUAGAUUGAUACGGUUCAUCUUUUCUUACAAAUCAAAGUUUGGAUGUUGGUCUUUGUCUUUAUUACUAUUUCGGUGGCUUCGGUAUUUUUAUUGCGCUUGCGCCAUUCACUUUAAAUCCUCUUUGGAACUUAAAACAUCUUGGGUAGGUAUAACUUGGACCCCGGAAGAGUCAAGUUUGUAGAAUUUAUACUGAUAAACUUUAUUAUCAGUGAACUUAUGUUUUCUAUUCUAUUCUCAAGCUAUAGAUUGUCUUCUUUCUGAUUCAUUCAUAAUCAUGUUUUGUGUGCAUUGGAAGGUUUGAUUUAUGUUG